GGAUGACUACGGAGAUAGCAACCGGCAACUCCGCGAGCGUCACAGCGCGCUUCUGCAGCGGUGUUGGGUUAACGAUCGACUCGCCACAUCCGGCGCGGCCUGACACCGUCACAACCUGUGUUUGUGCUUACGACUAACCAUUGCCCCUACACUCUCCUUUGGCACGGUCAAUUGGUAGACAUGGGAAAUGGUCCGUCUGCGCCGAAGAUAACUAAGCAAGACCACGCUAUCCUAGAUCUUAAGUUGCAGCGCGACAAAGUCAGGCAAUACCAGAAGAAGAUCCAAGAGGUGCUGAACAGGGAACAUGAGAUAGCGAAGCAGCAGCUGGCAGCCGGGCAUAAGGACCGCGCCCUGCUAGCACUUCGGAAACGGAAGUACCAGGAGGGUCUGCUCGCCAAGACAGAUGCGCAGCUGGAGAACCUGGACAAGUUGGUGUCCACCAUCGAGUUCUCCUUGAUUGAGGUGUCCGUGCUGCAUGGAUUGCAGCAAGGCAACGAGGUCCUCAAGCAGAUUCACAAGGAGAUGAACGUCGAGUCUGUGGAGAAGCUACUGGAGGAGACGGCUGAGGCACGAGAAUACCAACGAGAAAUCGACGAGAUGCUCGCAAAUACAUUAUCUGCCGAGGAUGAAGAAGCUGUGCAGAGCGAGCUGCAGGCUCUGCAGGACGAGGCGCUGGUUCCGGAGGACGAGCGGCAGUCUGCGCAUCGGGUCCAAGAGCUUCCGUCUGUACCUGUCACCAAGCCAGCAGCACCAGAGCAAGAACAGGAGCCAGAACCCGAGCGGGCCGCGGGGAGAGGGGAGAGAGAGCGCGUGCCGGUUGCAGCAUAAUCAGUCAGCCAGCAUUUUGCACAACAUCACUCGGUCAUUUACCAGCAUAUGCAUCAUACUCUAUUGUACAGCCUAAUGUCAUGAACUCUAUAUAUCCUACCA